UGCUCAGAAAGGUGUCAAGAGGCAUGUUGGAGAGCCUGAUGUUUUGUUGACCUCGGCUGAAGGCGGUUUACAGUACUGCAAGUACGCCGCUGUACUGCAUCGAUCCCUAUCAGCAUAUUUCUGCCCUUCUUUUCCACCUGAACCUACCUAUUCUAUCUUCUAUCAGAGUUCCGAGCUCUUUACAAUACAGUUAGUAUCAUUGACGCUGUCUCUUUUCUUUCCGGCAGAGACUGUGGGCAAUUUGCAGAUACGGGUCCGAUGGUUGGGGCACGUGCGAGCAGAAAACCACGACCGUGUAGGACGUGCAAGUAAGGACUAUGACCUCUGAUGAACCAAACCUAUAAUCUGAUAAUAACAUACGGCCAGAAUACGCAAGGUCAAAUGCGAUGAAAAAUUUCCAAUCUGUCGCCGUUGCGAGUCCACAGGCCGCAAUUGUGACGGCUACGGGAUUUGGGGCGGUGGUGGGCGUACUCGUUCUACUCCCACCAACAAUAUGGAGACAAGCAGUCCUCCAAGUGCGAUGCCAAAACUCUCAGUGCCAAGGUCAUUGACCACCUCAUCACGUAUCACUCCUGAAGAACAGUUCUACUUCGAGUGGUUCUAUGGGAAAAGCGUUCCGAAGCUGCCGGGUGUGUUCGGCUCCCGUUUUUGGGAUACGCUUGCUUUCCAGGCUAGUGUUGUUGGCCCGGCGGUCUUGCAUUCUAUUGUAGCUCUUGGUGCUGUUCAUAAGCGAGAGGUUCUGAAGGACCUCGAAGCUGAUAGGCCGAGCGCCAUUCCUAUUCAUGUGUGUGAUGAACAGGAAGAGUUCAUCCAGGGACAGUUCAGCAAGGUUGUUCAUUGUCUACAGCCUACUGCAUCUAAUAAUAACACGGAAUCAGUGCGAAUAGCAUUGAUUUCUUGUUUAGUACUGGUGUCUCUGGAAAUCCUCCGUGGUCGUUAUCAGACAGGUAGAAUUCAGUACGCGAAAUUUUCAUUAUAAUCCUUUAAUCAUCAAUGGCGAGUUCUUGGUAGCAAAAUGAGGCUACUUUGAAGGCCGAGGCAUGUUUUCUUUUUUUCAAAGAUUAUAGUAUAAUACAGUACUAACAGACCAGCAAGCCUUCAAAAUGGACUAAAGCUUGUACGUAGUACGUUCACGUCCGUUUCAUGGCUGGAAUACGAUACCGUCGAUCAAGUUAGUAAAUUCUUGGAAAUGUUUAUCGUAACUCGCUCUGCUACAUCCAGCGUUUUUCAAGCGAGAUCACACACUAAUUCUCUGGAACAGUGUAUAAUGGAGGCUUUUCACCGACUCCAGCUCCAGCUCCAGAUCUUCGAUCAACAUGUUUCCUUAAAAUACACCAUGAAGCAGUAUCCCAUCUACGAAAUUCCUGUAGCCAAUUUCCGUGACCUGGGAGAAGCAAGGCGACAUCUGGAUUAUUUUUUGAAAGAAGUAAUUCAACUAAGCCAUUAUGCGGCCACUGUCGAUAAGGGCUCUCACUCGUACGAGCUACUCAACGCCCAGUCACGUAUCCAAGCUGAGCUUGAAAUGUGGUUUGGAGUACUUUCUGCCUCCAUUGAUGGCUUUCAAGUCAAUACCAGCAUAACGGCUGGUUUCUCCUACAAAUUCCUAAUUUUGUAUUAUACGAUGUCUAGAAUCAUGAUCCAGACCUGUCUCGACACAGAAAACGAAUCCGUCUACCAAAACUUUACUAGCGAUUUUAUCUUUCUGCUCUCCCAGGCUGUGGACAUCAAACUCCUAGCUUCUACUUGGCAUAGGGAAGGCGUCUGGAACUCGAAGCUAGCGGCAUUCAUCGCUCACAAAGUUGUGGAUAUCGAAGAGAGAGACUUUCACAACGGUAUUUCUGUUAACAAUGACUUUCCGACGGCUGAAUUGCCAGGCGUCGAAGAGCGCACGUUUCUCCUUAGCCGAGGUAUAUCCCCACGUAUCUCGCUAACUUUGUUCAAGUAUCUUUACCAACGCCUCCGGAGCUGUACUUGUAAGUUCACAAAGAUCCCGGUUCCGUCCUUUAUUUUGUCUAAAGAUCGAAAGAUGCUUCAUCGCGUGGUUGGUCCUAGGACAAGAUGCUGAUUUCCCAAUUACCCAGAAUCAAAGGAGUGGAGGUGGUAUUGUCCGACGAUAAUACAGGGAAGGUCAAAUUGAUGUACAAACAACGAGAUAAAUCAGGAAAUUGGCAGGUCCUCUCCGCGGAAUUUGAUGCGCCAAACGCAAAUUGAUCAUCUAAUCUACUGCCUAUAAUCGAAUGGCCAGCAACCCUAUCUUCUCAUAUCAUCAAUCCGACCAGGAUACAUAGCUGACUCUCCAACUUAUUACCACUCUAUGAUGAAGUCUACUACAAUACAUCUCAUCCUUCGAAUAUCCCUAGAGCGCGUGGCCUUCCAGUUCCUUCUCGGUCCAUUCAUAUAGCUUCUCUGCCAAAUCAUCGCUCUGAGCCUGUGGGCUAGCCUUUCCAGCAACCCCGAUCGGCUCGUAGUACAGUCCAUCCUCCACGCCCUUUGCAGUGCCAGCCCAGAGUUGGUUCUUCACCCCUUCCUCCACGGAAACCGAUGUCAACGGCACCACAAUAUUUCGCAAGAAGGAGAUCAUCCAGCUCCCUCCAUUGGAACUGAAGAGUCCUGUCUGGAGACAGCGAAUUAGCAUAUGGUCCUGGUUUCUUCGAUGGAGUCUGAAGAGUUGUCUGGAAGUAGCUUACCUGGAUGUCUCCCGGAUAGACCGAGACGGAGGUAAUCUGCGGCACAUACUUCGCCAGAGCAUGAGCGUAGAUGGCAUUGACCAACUUGCUAUGACAGUACUUGUCCACUGGCGAAAGAUUCUCAGCUGAGCUCUUCAUGCUUUCCAGCAAGAGCUCUUCCUUCCCAAACCUAUGUCCAGCCGAGCUAACUGUUAUCGUGCGGACGCCUGCGCCUGGGACCGAUGCCGUCUUGAGCAAGAGAGGUUUCAAGAGCUUAAAGAGAAGAGCAUGACCCAUAUGGUUCGUGCCGAACUGUCGCUCAUAACAUGCGUGCCGCCCAUGAUACCAGCGUUCAAGUAGAGGAGAUCAAGCCGCGAGACUGAAUCCAGGAACGUCCGCAUGGCUUCCUUGAUAGACUUGAAGGAGGACAAGUCGAGAUGGAGAAAAUUUACUAGGACGUCUGGUGACGCUUUCUUGAUCUCUGCGACUGUUGCAUGACCUGAGUCGGCGCUUCGUGCUGCGAUCCAUAACUCGGAGGGGCUGUGCUUAGCGAGGUCUAUGGCGGUUUGUUUUCCAAGUCCGAGGUUCCCGCCUGUGAUGAGGAUUACUUUGCCAGCUAGGGAUGGGAUGUCCUUGGAUGGGUUGAAGGAUAUGCCUUUGGCCAUUUUGUAGAUUUGAGGGAAGUCGAGGGGUGGAUGUAGUGUUUCUGGAAAGAGUAAGAUAUUUGGAAAAUGCUGAGUGUUAUUUCGAAGAGAGCAGGUCAAUAUAUACAGAUCCAUAGUUCUUUUGUUGGUAGCAUCG